AUGGAUUCUUCUCACUCAUCAUCCGGCGAGAUCCAUCUCUUCGUGGGUCCCAUGUUCGCCGGUAAAACGACAUCGCUCCUCCGUCGUAUUAAAUCCGAGGUCGAUAACGGCAGGAAUGUGGCUAUGUUAAAAUCGAGCAAGGAUAAUAGAUAUGCGGUUGAUUCUGUUGUGACGCAUGAUGGGAUCAAAUUUCCUUGCUGGGCUUUGCCAGAUUUGAUGUUGUUUAAAGAUAAAUUUGGUCACGAGGCUUAUCAGAAGUUGGAUGUGAUUGGUAUAGACGAAGCUCAGUUUUUCGAGGAUCUAUAUGAUUUUUGCUGCAAGGCUGCAGAUGAAGAUGGUAAAAUUGUUGUUGUUGCAGGUCUAGAUGGUGAUUACUUGAGGAGAAGCUUUGGAUCAGUGCUUCACAUAAUACCAAUUGCUGAUACUGUAACUAAGUUAACAGCUCGUUGUGAGCUCUGUGGUAAACGUGCCUUCUUUACUCUGAGGAAGACAGAAGAGAAACAAACUGAACUAAUUGGUGGGGCUGAUUUGUACAUGCCGGUGUGUCGCCAGCACUAUGUGAAUGGUCAAGUUGUUGUGGAAUCUACCAAGAGUGUCUUGGAAUCUCAGAAAGUUAAAAGUGAUUUCCUUCUUGAGGAAGCUACAGUUGCUUGA